AUAGAGUUUCCUUGUAUUUAACGGCGAUGUGUUUAUUAGUCCCCUCUUGAAAGCGACUGUGUCUGACUAUUAUUAUAUUAGUUUUAAUUAUGUAACAACAAAAAAUGUGAAAUUUACUGAGUCAAACAUGUUUAAACAAUGUGAAAGGUGAAGACUUUGAUGAUAAAAAUCCAAACUUUGGGAUCUGUUUCAAAGUCAAUAAGCUCUCUCCUAUUUAUAUGGGUGUUACUGUGUUGUAUUGGUACUUUGUUGUUGUUUGGGUUUAAUCUGAAGUAUUUGACUUAUGCUUGAAGUGUUGCAGGCGAUUGUGUUGUUCAUCUUGUUCUGGGUUUGGUUGUCUUGGAUGGGAGGAAGUAGUUCGAAAGAGCCGACUAGAGGAGGAACUGAUCGGAGGUAUGAACGUAGUGUGUCUGGGAGCUCGUCUGCUUGGGGGGAUUAUGGAGACCAGAACAGCUCUUAUCACACACCAAACCAUCCAUCUGCCUCUCCUGUCUCUUCCUCCUACAAUUCCGGGAGACGAACUCCCAAGACUCUUGAGAGGAAGUAUUCACGGAUUGCUGAUAACUACCGUUCAAUUGAUGAGGUUACCGCUGCUCUUUCACAUGCCGGUUUGGAGUCCUCGAAUCUGAUUGUUGGUAUUGAUGUCACCAAGAGCAACGAAUGGACAGGGGCGAGAUCAUUUGGUAGGAAGAGCCUGCAUUACAUUGGAACAACCCCAAACCCUUACCAGCAAGCUAUUUCCAUCAUCGGGAAGACUUUAUCAGUUUUCGAUGAGGAUAAUUUGAUCCCCUGCUAUGGAUUUGGAGAUGCUACUACCCAUGAUCAAGAUGUCUUCAGUUUCAAUCCAAAUGAUACAUUUUGUAACGGAUUUGAAGAAGUCCUUACGUGUUAUAGAGAGAUCGUUCCCCAGCUUCACCUCUCAGGUCCGACAUCUUUUGCACCCAUCAUUGAAAGGGCCAUGACAAUUGUGGAAGAAAGUGGCGGCCAGUACCAUGUUCUUCUCAUUAUCGCUGAUGGUCAGGUGACAAGAAGUGUUGAUACAGAGAACGGUGGAUUCAGUCCACAAGAGCAGCGCACUAUUGAUGCUAUUGUAAGAGCAAGUGAAUAUCCUUUGUCAAUAGUUCUUGUUGGUGUUGGAGAUGGUCCCUGGGACACCAUGAGACAGUUUGAUGACAACAUCCCUGCUCGUACCUUUGACAAUUUCCAGUUUGUGAAUUUCACGGAUAUUAUGUCAAAGAACAUUGAUCCAGCAAGAAAAGAGGCAGAAUUUGCGCUCUCCGCCUUGAUGGAGAUCCCGUCUCAGUAUAAAGCCACCCUUGAGCUAGGCUUACUCGGACAAAGAACUGGACAUAGUCCAAACAGGAUUGCGCUUGCACCACCAACAUAUGCUACUCAAGCUAUGCGCAACAGCCCAAGAACUUCCAGAUCAACCAGUUUUAACAGACCAUAUGAUGAUAGUGGUAUUUCCUCUGCAACACCUUCAACUGCUCGUAAUGAGGGCCAGCAACAGGUUUGCCCCGUAUGUCUAAUGAGUCCAAAGAACAUGGCUUUCAACUGUGGUCAUCAGACUUGCUCAGAAUGUGGGAAAGACCUCACUGUUUGCCCCAUUUGCCGGAGCUCAAUCUCCGUUCGUAUCAAGCUUUAUUAAGAUAACUCUCUCAAGAACUGAAGGAACACCGCAGGUGAUCUGAGAUCUUUCACAGCCAACAUUCACCAAUGGUGGUGGAGAUACUACCGGUGUCCCAACAUUUGUGUUUACUUUGAGUGGAACAACCGUUGAAUGAUUUUUUCGAUCAAUCACGGCUCCUUUCAAAGUUAUAUUGUAGAUAAUCUGUUUGUGAGUUUUGCAAUCUCAUUGCACAUGAAAAUCAGACUGCUGAUUCUCGCGUAAAUAAAGUAUUAUCUUCCUUGCU